CUCUCUCUCUCUCUCUCUCUCUACCACCAUGCCCUGCCCUACAUAUAAAGUUUCUCUCUUUUCUCACUCCCACACCAAAGAUCGAAAGACUUUCCUUUUAUUUAAAAGAGAAAAACUUGUGUGUUAUAACUUGAGAAGCUUCCGGGGAGCUGCUUGCGGAAUAAAAUUACUCCCAACUGUAUAAAUUUCUCUCCCUCUAUUCGUUUUUGGUUUCUUUAAUCUUUUCCCCCUCUUAAAAGGUCAAGAGCUAGCAAGUGUAGCAGUAGAACAAGAAGAAGAAAAGGAAGAGGAGGAAGAGUAAGAGGAAGAAGAAGAGGAAGAAGUGAUUGCUCCAUUGAAUGGGUUCAUGAUGAUGCAGGUUGAAACUGUUUUCUGGUUUCGCUUUCUUUCUGACUUUUGUGGCUGAAUGAAGGCACCGUAAUUUCGUCAUUCUUAUGAGAGCUCGUCGUUCCUUGUGCUUUAAUUGAUCUUAUGCUCUGCAGUCAGCCUCAGAAGAAUUUUGGUGAGAAAGGGGAAGGACAAAGAAAACCAGAAAAUCCGUUCUUUAACAUCUGAAAUUGAAGAGAUUAAGGAAAUCAGCAGUCACAUGUUAGCUUCAAUCAAAAUCAAGAUUAUAGCAAGGAAACACACCCACCCAAAGCCCAACACAAAACCCCACUUUUUGUAAUUUUCAGUUGGAUACAUUUAUUUCUCAGCAGUCAUCGUCUUCUUGAAAGGUCUGGCCACAUAUAUAGCUAGCUUGCGAGGAAGAUCACCGUUUGAUAGAUCGAUUCAGGAUUGAUUGGAGGGAAAGAAAAUUAAAGACUAUGAAUUUCUUGGGAAAAAGUAGUAGUAGUAGUGGGCAAAGUUUUUAUGGGGAAGAAGAGCCCCAGCAAAUUAACCAGAUCAGCCAGCAAAACCUGCACAGUAGCUUCAAGAGUAGAGGUAUGGUCCCUUUCUCAUCUUCCUCCGCCGCUUCUUCCUCCUCUUUCCACCACAACCGCGGCCGCUGGUUCGACAACCCCCAAAACUCUUCUGCAAAUAAUGGCGAUGGCGAGGAGGACGACAAUCCUCCUCCUGCUGCUGCUGCUGUGGCCCAUGAAGAUGUUGAUGAUGACGGGGUCAGGCGAGGAGAUUCCUCCUCCUCCCCCGACCACGUGCUAGGGCUAGGAGGCGGAGGAGGAGCGGUGGUGGUGGUAGAGAAGGAACACAUGUUCGACAAGGUGGUGACGCCGAGCGACGUCGGGAAGCUCAACCGGUUGGUCAUCCCCAAACAGCACGCCGAGAAGUACUUCCCGCUUGACUCCUCCACCAACGAGAAGGGUCUGCUCUUGAACUUCGAGGACCGGAAUGGGAAGCCAUGGCGCUUCCGGUACUCUUACUGGAACAGCAGCCAGAGCUACGUCAUGACCAAAGGCUGGAGCCGCUUCGUCAAGGAGAAGAAGCUCGACGCCGGCGACAUCGUCUCCUUCCAGCGCGGCGUCGGCGAGCAAGUCAAGGAUCGUCUCUUUAUUGACUGGAGGCGUCGUCUUCAUCCCGCCGAUCAUCAUCCUCCGCCUCCUCUCCGCGGGUUUCCUCCGCCACAAGCCGCCGCUUCUUUUCCCCGUGCCUUCUCACACCUAAUUCCUCCGCCGCAUCAACAAAACUACCUGUCGUUUCAGUACCCAUGGAACCCUCUCGUCUUGCAAUCCACGGCCACCGCGCGGGACCAGUACUCCCAAUUCCUUCACCCAAAUGCCACCAAUUAUCAUCAAUUUCAUCCCUACAGCUAUGGCGGCGGCGGCGGCCCAGUACUACCGCCUCAUCCUCACCACGGAUUCGGAUCUAUUUCUCCCGGCGAUGCGUCGAAUCCACGUUCCAGCCCCUUAAUUUACCUCAGAUCGGCUGCAGCCUCACAGCAGGAUGCCGGAUUGAUGGUGCAACUGCAAGGCGGCGGGAGGGGUGGCGGUGGCAGUGGCGAUGGCGUGAUGGAGCCUAUGAUAUUCGAGUCGGUGCCGGUGGUCCAUGGAAAGGCUGCGGCAAAGCGGCUGAGGUUGUUCGGCGUGAACAUGGAUUGCCCCGUAUCGGAGUCCGAUGUCGAAGGUGCUACAAUGGUGGCACCUAGUUCCUCUGCGAGCCAUAUGAAUCCUCCCCUCAAUUUAAGGCUCUAUAACGGCGGCAGCCCUCUUCCGGCAUUGCAGCCGCCGUCGGCAAACUUACACAACAAAGCCAAUGCAUCCAAGUCCUUUGAUUUGGACAUUUGAUCAUCACCAACAACUACAUACAUUAUCUGCAACAGAGAUCGAUGUUGAAGACUAUGGAACACCGAUUGAAAGAAGGAAAGAAGCCCCCUCCGCCUGCGACGGGAAAAUGGGCCAUCAAUUCAACAGCAUCAUUGAGCCAGGAGAUAUUGGAAGACCCACAUUUGAAAGUGGAGAUUUCGCUAGAAAAUUUCUCCUUCAGCUUUAUGGAAUCAUCGAUCUACAAGGCCAGAUGAUGAUCACGGAAGAGAAACAAAAGGGUUCGAGUCUGCAACUGGUUUUUUAAAUAUAUAAUUUUCUGUACAACAAUACAUAGAUUAAUAUAUUUACAAUAUAUAUGCAUAAAUCCAUAUCUUCCUCAUGCCGUGAAAUUCAUGUUUUUGCCUUGAUAUAGAGGGGGCCUGGAUUCCUCAGAUAUAUAUGUAUCCACGCCAUGCUAAUGCUUUCUCUCCACUUAUUUCACAAAAUCUCGAUACUUAUCUAAUUUGAUUCUCCCUCCCCCUCUCUCUCUCUCUCUCUCUCUCUCUCUCUCUCUCUCUCUACUGUUCCAUUGUGGUUUAACAGGCUUUUCCUUACUUGUUUCUGAGUGCAAUGAUAGCUAUAUACCUGAUGGAAUUGAAGAAGCUGUUUCUAUCUCUUGUGUGCUCUUUAUUACCUUUGGUAGGUUGUUGUUGUUGUCGCUGCUUUGCUGGGCACGCCUGCAGGUACGCCUUCGCAGAAUAGUUUGCAGAGCUUCCAAAAGGUAGCAUUUUUAACCUAAUUUUGCUUCAUCCAUUUAUUCCUUCCUUCUACCCCUUUUUGCUGGUUUUUCUUGCUCUUGUUUUAGCUCUCAUGCAUUCAUUCCUGUUCUCAUCACCCACUUAUUAUUUUCAUCUUAUAUUUGAAUUAUUGCACAGCUAGUACUCUUAAUUGAAUCCAGAUGCUCAAGUAUAUUAUGUGAAAUCAUUAAGAUAAAACUGAACCACACGUAGAUGAUGAGAGUGGUACCUAAGUCCUUGGGGCCACUCCAAUAAUAAUACAUAUAUCAUCGUAUGCUAAAGUCUGAGAGAGUAUGCAUAUAUAUAUACAUAUAUAUAUAUAUAGAUAUAUGCUGAUUAUUGCCUUGAGCAAUAUUACCAAUAACUUCAAGUAAAAUUGAAGCCUUGCAGUGUCUCUAAUACUGUUUGUUUUGCUCCUCUCAUUUUUCCUUGCUUUCUAGCCAACACACAGCCUUAAAAGAGAUGAAAAAAACCUGGUUUAUAAUGUCAUGCAUGUUCAUAUACAUUCCUCCACCACUUCCAUGUCCAAUAUAUGUAUACACCACAUAUAUCCCUUAGAACUGCACAAGAGAUCAAAACCAACAUUUUGGUGAACAUGAUGCUGGUCUCGUCACCCAGAAUUUUUAGCUGCCUCUUUUGCGUUAACAAUUAAUAAUGUUUAAAAUUCCAACACUGAAAUCAGCUUUUCUUGUAUUAUGCUUUUUUUGCCACCAGAAUGAUCUUGAGCUUAGCCCACAUGGGACUAUAGGGAAAAGUCAUGGAACCAUUUUUUGGGAUUCUGUACACAUCCCAUCAUGAGCCUGAAUUCAUUGUCUUCUCUAACUUUUGCAUCAAUUAAUAUAAUUUGUUUUCCACUUUUUGCAUUUGUAUUUAGUAUUUUGCCCUUUUAUUAUAGCUGAUGAUGGGCAAGAAUAUCAAGUGUCUUUUCUGUUACGACGAAAAUAUGUCCAACCAAACUCUAGCUAGCUAGCUAGCUAGCUAGCACAGUUAAGCACUGCAGCUAAGUAGUGUUUGACUUGUUUUCUCUUCUCAAGCUUAUAUUGGGCCGUAAUCCAAAACAAACUCUUAAUUAAUGUAUCAAUAAAAUACGUUCACUAGAUUAAUGCUUUUCUCUGAUCUAGUUGUCAAGCUUCUUGUUGCUAACUAUUGAAUGAUACUCAUGUUAUCUCCUUGUUGCUCUAUUUACUGCAAAGAUGUAGAAAAUAAUGUGAAUACGAACACGAAAAGAAAAAUACAUAAAAUAAGAAGUUCCCUGAGGGAAGAAAGAAAAAUGUGAAAACAAAGUCUUUCUUUACGUUUUUGUGUUAAGUUCCUAAACUUUUGUCUUAUCACUUCUCGCGCGCUGUAUUCUAACUUUCCCACCCCAUGAUUUGUUGCUUCACUUUCCUUCUAGUUUCCUCUAUCCCUUAGGUAAUACUUUGGAUAAAGUCUUUAUUCAUAUCUCUUCUACUUUCCCCAUAAUACAGUUAACCACUCGUCGAUAUAUUGAAAACAGUACUGAAAUACCGAUCAAAACAGAAAGAAGCAGCAGUAUUGGAAUACAUAUAUGACUGCUUAGGAAGCAAUGUGUACUCUGAGAAGGAAAAUCCUUAGGCACAUCCAAAACACAAGAACAACUUCCAAAAUGCAAAUGUAAGAAGCCAGUGAACUCUUCAUUUGCUACAGCUGCAACUAUUGAAUUAACUUUCCAUGCUCCUUGGUCAAAACAUCAAGUGAAAUUUCAAAUUUCGUUGUCAAUUAGUAAAGUUCAAAUAAAACUAAAUUAAUCAACUUGAAAGUUGACCUUUAGCUAUUGCAUGAGUUGAAUGAAUGAACUGUUUGAACAGGUCUUCCAAUUAAAUAUUUAUUUCUGUGUCCAAAACACAAUGCAUUUAGAAAUUAUGCUCAUGUUAUAAUUUUUCUUUUUUGUUUAGUACCGAAUGAAGAUGCAAGAGCCAUUGAGAUUUUGACACACUAUACUUAUCUUUCUACUAUGUAUUUGGAUUGUUUUUAGUUGUAAAUGUUUUUGUUUAGCUUCUGUUGGAUUGCUGGGUUGUCAGCCUCACGAUUCCUUAUUAACUGGUAAAGCCUUUCGCUAGUUGCUCUUUUCAAUAUAUAUAUAAUUUUUACUCAGCUAAAAAAAAGAUUAAAAGAGAGAAGUCCUUCCACUCUAAAAUGAGUUCUUCUCUUUCUUCUCUAGGCUUUUUCGCUAGUGCAGGAUUUCCCUCACGACCUCUCUCUACCAGAUCACUACUUUUCACUCCUCUUGACUCCUCGUUGCCUUCCCUCAUUAAGUGCCAUUUUCCCCCUCUCAUCUUCAUUCACCCCUUACACCCAAAUCUAAUUCUCACUCACUCUCUAUAUACCCUUCUCCCUUUUUUCUUCUCACCGAUAUCUCUCACCUUUUGUAGCCCUCUCUUCUCUGUCAUGGUCCUCACCGUCUCCACUUAAGUCACCCCCUUUUGGUGUCUGUAUCUCAACGAUGCCCAAUUAAUUAACCCUUCCAUCAUCCCACUUGCUCUCAGCAAUGCUUGAAUCAAAACUCCCUUCUUCCUUUGUUCUCCUAAAUUCCCCUAUAACCAUACCCUUAGUGGUGAUUCUAACCACUAAAUCUCCUUCAAUUGUCCUCAAACCCAAACCCAAGCCCUAGUGGUUUGAAAUAUGAGUAUGUUUAUGCACUCUAAGCUAUUAUUUGGGGAGUAACUAUAUUUUUUUCAUAAAAAAUUGACAGUUGCAUGAAAAAUCAAAUAAUGCUUGGGGGUGAGAAAAUGAAAAAAAGUGACCUUCGAAAUCUCUAAGAAAAUUUAGGAGAGUAAUUGGGUGUCUUCAUUAUAAAAUGUUGAUAUUUGCGUUACAAGCCUAAAAAUGCUUAGGGAGGUAAAAUCAAAUAUGGCCUUUAUUUUUAAGAUUACAAGUAUGGCUUUAUUGGCGGACUCCUCUAGCAUGUUUUAUGUAUUGUUUAUGUUGUAAGGAGUGUCUCAUCUUGAGUGAUAGUUUUAGACAUUAUUGUUUCGUUUUUUAUUUAGUUUUUCUUGUAAUACGUAUGUCUUAAUUAAAGAUAUAGACUCUUUGAAAUUUAAUUUUUCAAUGAAUUCUCAGGAAAAAAAAAUUACCCUAAGACAGAUCUUGCUCUUUCUAGAUCUCAUCCUACUUUUGUGUGGUUAUCUUAGCUUUAACCUAGAUUUGAUUAAUUGAUUAUUGGACUUUAGAAAUGAGUAAAGGGUUACUAGUCUAGCAACCCCACAAUGACAAGAAUGAGGCUUAAUUAGUUUAUUAGCAUUGCGGGCCUAGUACGUAUGAUCACUUAGUCUUUUCUAUUGCCAUUUCCAUGGUCUUUUGGAUUUUCCCAAGUAGCUACUAUUGUUAUAGUCAUUGCCUCUUUCUAAGAGUGCAAUGACGAUUUGUUGAUCAUUGUCAUUCCUCUUUCAAGACUAUUUAGAUAUUUUACAUGUAUAGCCUUACUUGGGCAAUUGUUCAUGAUCCUAUGAUUGACAAUGGGAUUGAUGAUUGGAGCAAAUUGAAUUUUCCUACUGAGAUUAUAUUGCCUCUUGUCACGAAUUGAACUUAUUUACAUAUCCAUGUAUGGAUUUGACCCUCAUUGUGGGCGUUGUUGGAGAUAACUCUACUAUUAUUGGGCUGUUUUUUUUUUGUAUUUUUUAGUAGUCUAGGGGUGCUAGUUAUAGGUGCUCCUAAAUUCUUGUCUUGGUUAAUCUUUAAUAUUAGUUUUAGUUGUUGCCAAUUAGUGUUUUUAGUUUUUAGGUACUACCUUUUAUUAAUUAGAUAAUAAUAUAGUUGGUAACCCAGUGGAUCUGGUUUUUGUAAGAUCACUAACUAGGUUGCAUGUUUUAAUGUCUUUUACCUAACAAAAAAAUUAUACCAACCCACUGUCCCUCUCGCGACCCAUUUGCUUCCCCCAUAUGUGAAACUCCUUUCCAUACAUCUCUCCCUCUCAAUCUCUUGCUUGUGCUUCCUUUCCAUCAUGCCAAUGUCUUUUCUUUCCCUUACUGUAAAUCGGUUAUCGCCUACAUGAUUGCCCACCCUUUCCUUUUAUCCUCAUUCGCGAUUUCAAUCCCCAUAUCAACCUAUUUGCUUCCAUUUCCUCAAGCCUAGAACCUUACCCCGGACAAUAUUUGCUGAACCUACACAAUUUCACUAGAUCUUAUCAUCCACCAUCUUGCUUCACUUUGCCUGUUACUCGUUGUUGCUUAAGUUGUAGAUGUUGUCCCUGCACCAGAUCUUGUUGUUAAUGAUGCUUCUCUCUAGAAGUUUUCCCUUUGCCAAUUUCUUUUGUGGUUGUGUUUGCACCAAAUCUCAUGGUCAUUGUUAUGCUUGCUCCAACACCCAACACUCCACCUACACUAGGUUUUGCACUAGAGCUAGUUCAUGGCCCAUGGUGGUAGCUAGUGUUCAUGUUCACUAUAAAGUUGUGUGAUUUAUCCAUGGGAUCUUAGGAUAAAUCUACUAGAAUUGUCUUCCCAACCUAUAGUCUAAUUUCAUGCCAAACAACUUUGGUAGAGAUAAAUGCUUGUCAUGGGUUUUUUGACACAACAUAUUUGAUCCUUUUAAUUCCUUCACAUCAACCCUCUCUGAGUAAGGGUGAGUAGAAGUUUAAAUAAACUGAACUAACCGAAUCGAACCGAUUAGUUUGGUAGGUUCGAUUCGAUUUUUUUGAUAAAAUAAUUUAGUUUGGUUAAUUUGGUUCUAUUUUUUUAUGAGAUGGUUUGGUUCGAUUAAUAAUAUUUUCAAUUUUUGAUUAUUCAGUUAACCGAAGUAACCGGUUCAGCGAAAUCAAUAACCGCGCCCCCUUCCCCCCAAACACGGAACCCACCCGACUCGCGACACUCACACUGCCCCCCUUUUUGAGUUCUCUCUCUCUCUCUCUCUCUCUCUCUCUUUCUCUAUCUCCCCCUACCCUUGCCUGCAACUGCUGCUGAAAUCGCACCCCCCAUUCUCUCUCUCUCUCUCUCUCUCUCUCUCUCUCUCUCUCUAUCUCCCCCCACCUUCCCACUUGCAAGCGAGACUGAGAGAUCGAUUUCGGAGGCCCCAAAACACGGAACCCACACCCGACCGAAUCGAACCCCAACCCUCACCCCACCAUCCCUCGCCUUCGUUUCUUUUUUUCCUUGUGCUUGGAUGAUAGACAAGGGCUAUUCCAAGAUCUGGGCCAUGACGACGAUUGCUGAAGUGGCGGGGGGCAAUCGGCGACGAUGAUGUGCACUUCGAAGACACUGCAGACGCUGAUCGCCCUCCCCUUCGUCUUCUUGUUUCUUCCUUUCCUUGUGCGUGGACGAUCGACCCCAUACCAACGAUGAUUGGCCGUCAAACAGAGGUGAGGAAUAUCUGGAACAGAUACAGUAGAGAACUACAGCAGCCUCAACAAGCUAUACCAUAUUAAAAACUUAUAAACCUUGCGUAGCAAAACAAAGAAAAAAAAAAUUAAAAACCUCUGAUUUCAUUUCGGCAUAAUUUAUUGGGAUUGUAACAAGUCUUUGUUCAUUAGCGCCAAAAAAAAAAAAAACAAAAAAAAAAACAAAAAGGGAACUUUCUGGAAACUUUUAUCACUUAUUCUUGUUU